AUGCCCAACGCGGACAGAACACUGCCAACCGCCCUUCAGCUACCGAAAUGUUCUGCCCUUAACUUCAAACCUCACUUUGUUUCAAGAACGAGUCAGUGCAGAAAACAUCUCUGGAAACCUGGACUCUCCGGAGGGAGGGCUUGA